AUGGUCGAAGGCUCCAGCUUUGAGCUGGUCCUCCAGCUCAAGAUUCUCAAGAUGCUCAAGGCCAACCUCUUGAGGAAUGGACCCAAGCUAGGGCGCCGCUUUUCGCUGCUCUUUUCUCUUGACGCUGGACUUUUAACUUUUAACUUUGCUGCACUUUUGCAGCUUGCAACUUCAGAUGAGAACUCAGGUGAGAAAGCCGCACGGCUGCGAGAGAAAGCCAACGGCGCGAAGAAGAAGCGCGCCAGCACGGGCGCAGAUCCAAAGGAGAUCAUGGCGCGAGCUGCCGGGGAGGAGGACGUGCGUGCCCUCCAAGAGAAGAGGGGGAGGAAGAGGGCGGCCCCUGAGCCAGAGGCAUCCCAAGACUUGGACUCUGACGAGGAUGAGGAUGCAGAUGCCCCGCCCUGCCACUGCGGGAUGCCCGCGGAGCGGAAGACUGUUAAGUGGGGCGCGAACGCGGGCAAGGAGUACUACAGGUGCUGCAUCUUCCCCGAGGCCGAGCACUGCGACUUCUUCGUUUGGGCGGGGGCCGCGGGGGCUCCGCGCUGCCGGUGCGAGCCGCCCCAGGCGGCGAUCCAGCUGGAGGUGAAGAAGGAAGGGCCCAACCAAGGCAAGCGCUUCUUCAAGUGCCCGAAGCCGCGGGACCAUCAGUGCAGCUACUUCGAGUGGUUGGACAAGGUACCGGGUCAGGCCUCGAGCGCGAUGGCCCAGGGCCGCCUCUGCAUGUGCGGGCAGACCGCCAUCAAGUUUCAGGUGCAAAAGGAAGGACCGAACAAAGGCCGGUUCUUUCUCAAGUGCCCGGCGGGCGCCUGCCUACGCUUCUUCGAAUGGCUGGACGAAGUGGCCAAAGAAUCCGAACCCUUCCUGGACUCGCCGCGCCAGCGCACCGCCGGCGCCGAGCGGAUGAGCCUCAGUAAGAUGAGCUUCGUCCGAACGCUGUCCAUCACUUUUGGUAUGGCUCCCUGUUGCAGCUGCGAAGAGCAAGGUGGCAACACGCUGCAUGUGGUGCAACUUUCCAGCGAGGUCAUCAUUCCUCCUGCGCAGCAGCUGUCGGCUACUGACACCUUUGUGGCUGGGCACGCUAGAGGGCGUAUAGGUGCCGCCAAGAUGGAGUUCCAGGGCCCAUGCUUUCAGGUGUUUGUGGGAAGCCAGGCCGGUGAACAUGACUCCUGA